CGGAUUGCUGCCGUUGCUGCAGAAGACCAACUGGUAACUCAGCGUCGGGGGACGGUCAGCCUGCCAGUCACAUCGGACUACUCUAAGCGCCGUCGCAGGACAUGACAAGUUUCCGCUGUUGAUCGGGGCUUAUUAGCUUGAUUUGGCGCCGUGUGUUUGGCGCCUGUCUAUCUACUUCCUUUCCGCUGCUGCCUUGGCCGCGCAUUCUCGAGAUCAAGAUCGUUGCAGGCGAAGGGCGCUGAGCACCACACACCUGCCACGAUGGGUUCCGCAACUAACUUUGCCAAAACCAUCAUCAUUCCCGCCGUGAUCUCCCUGACGCUUUACCUCCUGUUCUCCUUCGUGAUCAUCCCCUUCUUCCGUCGCUAUCAUCAACGAUACUCCCAGUACCUUCCGCUCCAUACUAUCUCCGCACAUACUACGACACUCCGGGAUCGUAUCGCGGAUGCUUUGAUGCGACGAUUUCUUCCGUCGGUCUGGCGACAAUCACAAUUCGACCAGCACGACAACAUCAGUAUAUACGAUGAAGAAGGAGAGAUCAUGGUAGGGAUGGACAUGGACCCUUCACGGCGAGAAGCGCUCGAGCGUCGACGGAGCACCGCCGGGGAUGCGGAGAGUCGCUUGAGUCGUGAACUGGAAGCGGGGUUCAUGGAUGAUAGUGAUGAUGAGGAGGGACAUGCCCAUUCUCAGUCACGUCGCUGAAUCUUUUGUUCCUUCUGUACAUAUUACACUAUCAUGUAAGGGACCAUUGGCGUUUGGGAUGGGUAAUAAAUAUAAUAGACAUCUAUUCUUGCUG